AUGGAGGGUGCAUCCCGCCAAACAUCAAGACUGCUCCGGUCUCGCGCAAACCUCCUCCCCCAACAGCGCCGCCUUCCCCGAUCAACCACCGCACCAUGCGUGACCCCGACACAAACCCGCGCGGUCUCCAAUUCCCCACGCAAUCUUGCCCCAGAGUCCCUCUUUAGCAACUUCGCUGCAGCUAGUGGCUCGCAGGGAUCCGGCCUGGGUCCGACCACCUACUUCACAAACCGCCAGACUCUUCCCGCCAACACGGUCGUACGGUUCGUUCCGCAGCAGACGGCAUGGAUUGUGGAGCGCAUGGGAAAGUUCCAUCGGAUUUUGGAACCGGGUUUGGCUAUUCUGAUUCCGUUUGUGGAUCGCAUUGCCUAUGUUAAGAGUUUGAAGGAGUCGGCUAUUGAGAUUCCGAGUCAGAAUGCUAUUACCGCGGAUAACGUUACGCUGGAGUUGGACGGUGUGCUAUAUACGAGGGUGUUUGAUGCGUAUAAAGCUAGCUACGGCGUCGAGGAUGCGGAAUACGCCAUCUCCCAGUUGGCACAGACAACUAUGCGAUCCGAAAUCGGCCAGCUCACCCUGGACCAUGUUUUGAAGGAGCGUGCCACUCUUAACACCAAUAUCACGCAAGCCAUCAACGAGGCCGCGCAGGACUGGGGCGUUGUCUGCCUGCGUUACGAGAUUAGGGAUAUUCAUGCCCCCGAUGGCGUCGUGGCUGCCAUGCAUCGACAGGUCACUGCUGAGCGAUCGAAGCGUGCCGAGAUUCUCGAUUCCGAAGGUCAGCGCCAGAGUGCCAUCAACAUCGCUGAGGGUCGUAAGCAAUCCGUGAUUCUUGCCUCCGAGGCCUUGCGCGCCGAGCAGAUCAACCGUGCUGCUGGUGAGGCCGAGGCUAUCAAGCUCAAGGCCGAGGCUACUGCCCGCGGAAUCGAGGCCGUCGCCCGCGCUAUCCAGGAUGGUCAGGAAGCUGCCCAAGGCGCCCUCAGCCUGCGUGUGGCUGAGCAGUACGUCGAUGCCUUCUCCAACCUGGCUCGUGAGGGAACUGCCGUUGUUGUUCCUGGUAAUGUCGGUGACAUGGGUGGUAUGAUUGCUUCUGCCAUGUCUGUCUAUGGCAAGAUCAACGAGACCCAGGCAAAGAGCCUUGCUGCCAAGGCUCUCGGUCAGGAGCAGACCCGUGCUACCAAGAAGUCUGACGAUUUUGAGGAGGUGGAGAGCGAUGUUGAUUCCGCCAUUGCCGAUGAGCUUUCGCAAGACGGCGUUGCGCAGAGUGUGCUGGAUGGAUUUGACGAGGCCAGCAGGAAGAAAUAA